AGCCGAAGAUAUCGGCUCGGUCAUGUGAUCAGCUGUGUCCAAUCACAGCUGAUCGCAUGGGACAUGUGCACUGAUCAUCAGGGCACUGAUGAUCAGUGUGCCCUGAUGAUCAGUGUAGCCCCAGCAGUGCCACCUGUCAGUGUCCAUCAGUGCCAGCUGUCAGCGCUCAUCAAUGCCACCUGCCAGUGCCCAUCAGUGCCACAUCAAUGCCACAUAUCAGUGCCUACCAGUGCACAUCAAUGCCACAUAUCAGUGCCCAUCUGAUCUGCCUUUCAGUGUCACCCAUCAGUGCCAGUCAGUGCCACAUAUCAGUGCCUACCAGUGCACAUCAAUGCCACAUAUCAGUG